UACUGAAGUAUUUAUUUUUGUUAUUAGAAUUACACACUGUAAUUUGUUAUGUUCAAAGUUGUCGCCACUAUUUAUUUACUUUACACCAAAAAAUUAUGUUUUUUUAAAUUAUUUAGUUUAUAUUUUAACAACUAACAAGUAUUUUACUUUUAGCUAAUAUAAUUUUAAAUAAAAGUUGGUGCACCAUGUUGUGUGGCCAAUAUUUUUCUUUAUGUAUCUUAAGUUGCUUAUUUUUUCUCAACUCUACAACUGUCUAUGGGUUAAUAGAUCCAAUUACAGGAACUUUUGUUGUAGGAGCUUUUGUGACAGGAUACUUUUUAAAUAAAUCAAAUUAUACAUUUCCCGACAUACUCCCUAUUUUUGGUGGAUGUCCUAAUACAUUUAAUAUUAAAGAAUUAGAACAUUCCAUGGAAAAAAGUUUUUUUGGGCAACAUAUAGCAUCAAAAAUAGUAUUAUCUGCUUUGGCAGGUAAUUUAUAUCGUAGCAAAAAUAACAAAAAACCAUUAGUAAUGUGUUUUCAAGGUUGGACUGGUUCUGGUAAAAAUUUUUUAUCAGAGGUAAUUGCUAAUCAUAUGUUCACUACGCCAAAAAUAAAAUCAUUACGAUAUCAUAUUAUUCUUGGACAAUCGGAUUUUGUUCACCAUUCCAAAAUUAAUUAUUAUAAGGAAAAACUUUAUCAUGAUGUGAAAUCCGCAAUAAAAUCAUGUGGUACAAAUGUAUUCGUUUUUGAUGAAGUGCAUUUUAUACCUAUGGGUAUAUUAGACAUACUAAUACCUAUUCUUGAAAAUAAUGAUGCGUCUAUUGAUUCUAGGAAUUCAAUUUUUAUAUUUUUAACUAAUGCAGGCGCUGAUGCUAUUGUGACUAAGUAUUUAGAUCUUUGGAUUAAUGGAAUUUCAAGAGAGUCCAUGAAAAUUCAAGAUUUUGAUAUUCUUUUACAAAAAUCUGCUUUCAAUGAAAAAGGAGGGUUGAUGAAAAGUGGAAUAAUAGAUUCUCAUAUUAUUGAUCAUUAUGUUCCAUUUUUACCACUUGAAAAAGUUCAUGUAGUAAAAUGUAUUGAGGCAGAAUUUAAAAACUUGAACAAACAUCUGGAUUCCAAAACAAAAAGUGAAAUAUUGCAGAUGAUUCCGUUUGGUCCCGAGCCUCAUAACUUAUUUUCUUCUUCUGGUUGUAAAAGAAUUAAUCAAUUUGUUGCAUCCCAAUCAAAUUUUAAUUUGGUUUGAUAUUUUUAAAGUAUACUGUGAGUGUUCUUGUACAUACACUUUUGGAAAAAAACCAAUCUGAAAAUAAAUUAUGAAAUAUAUAUUUUUAAA